CACAAACCACCCAAAGCUGUUGCGCCCGAAGUCGAGAAAGCAGUGGCGGAUUUUGUAAAAUAUACUACGGAAACAGCUGGCGUCGAUGGUCUUCGGAAGGAAUGCCGUAUCGCACUUGAUUUCAAGCCAAAGCCAGGCACAUAUAGCAAAUUUGAAGCGUUUCCACAGCUCAAUCGGUAUCCGGAAAUUCCAUGCCUCGACGAAACUCGAGUCAUUUUACUGCCUCUCGAUGAAUCCGAUUACGAUUACAUACACGCGAAUAGAGUGAAGAUGGAUAAGGCAGAAAGGGAAUUCAUCUUGACCCAAGGUCCAAAAGGCAAUACCAUCGAGGAUUUUUGGAAGAUGAUCUUUCAGCAGCAAUGCUCCGGUAUAAUCAUGUUGUGCAAUUUCUACGAAGAAGGUACACAGUCGUGCGAUGAGUUCUGGCCGACAGAUACUGGUGGAUACAAAUACUAUGGGAAAAUGUUUGUAAACAAUAAGCGGAUAGAUCAUCUCGAUCAGUACGAUGUCUAUACACUCGAAGUGUUACCUGACGGUUGUUCUAACUCCAUACUAACACGCCUUGCUCAUUGUACUACAUGGCCUGAAAAGGCGGUCCCAUCCAGUGGCCGAAUGGUUUUGCGAUUAAUACGAUGGACGCAGUCAUUAGAGCCUGGUCCGAUCACACUCCUAUGCAGCGCUGGCGUUGGUCGAACCGGUACAUUCGUCGCAAUAGACACUGUUUGUACACGACUUUUCAAAGGAUUCGAAGGAAAU